AUGGUGAAGUAUUGCUUAGAUUAUGCUCGGAGGUGCGAUGCUUGUCAAUUUCAUGCAAAUUUCAUACAUCAGCCGCCUGAAGUAUUGCACCCAACUAUCGCAUCUUGGCCAUUUGACGCUUGGGGAUUGGAUGUUGUGGGACCACUACCAAAAUCUUAUGUUGGACACUUGUACAUAUUGGUUGCAACAGAUUACUUCCCAAAAUGGACUGAAGUCGUUGCUCUUAAAGAAGUGAAGAAAGAGAAUUUUGCAAAUUUUAUCCGACAUAAAUCUUCUAUGUAUCAUGUUGCCACCAAUGGUCUUGUUGAAGCAUUCAAUAAGACUCUAUGCAACCUCCUGAAGAAAGUUGUCUCCAAGUCCAAACGGGAUUGGCAUGAAAGAAUGGAAGAAGCUUUGUGGGCAUAUAGGACAAUAUACCGCACACCAACUCAAGCAACACCAUAUUCACUUGCUUUCGGAGUUGAAGCAGUCCUGCCACAAAUACCUUCCUUAAGACUUGCUAUUCAAGAAAGGCUCACUGAAGAAUAA